UAACAGGAAGCCAUAUGACUGUUUCCGGGUCCCUACACGUGUGAGCUACUGUGGAUCUGCUAAUAAACCGACCUGCUUGUUCUUCAUUUAUUUUCGCCAACAGUCAAGAUGCAGAUUUGUAGCGUGUGCAGCGAACAGACACCUAAAUACAGGUGUCCCGCCUGCAAAAUAAGAUACUGUUCACUUGGCUGUUACAAGCGGCACAAAGACAGUUGCAUACCUUUCGAGCAGCCUGCACCUAUUGAUGCUCCACAGGAUAAGGAUGUCUUCAACACUGAUCAGUGGACUGUUGAUGAUCUUCUUGAUGAAGAUGACAUCACUGACAAAGUGCCACCAGAGAGGCUCCAGAUGUUGGGUCAGUCAAAGGAGCUGAGAGAUCUUCUCUGCAACCCUCAUCUGAGACAGUUACUGCGCUCUGUUGACGGUGCAGACAACAAAUACGAUGCGAUGAAGGCUGCCAUGCAGGAGCCUCUGUUUGUUGAAUUUUCAGAUCAGUGCUUGAAAACUGUCGAAUGAAGCACAGUCAUUAGCCUACAACAGUGACGAUGAUUUAUAAACUAGUUUUCUAUCCAGUCACUUUUUUUAUUAUGUUUUUCUACGGGGAUGGUAGGUAUGUUUAAUAUAAAAUGUCGUCAUAUGCCACAAAUGUUUGUCAUUUUUGCUGAUUUAACUUCCUGUCUUGUGCCUUAUCAUGCUACAGAAUGUAAAUAGUGUUCAAAUAAAGGCUAAAAUGUUUAAACUAUCA